AUGCCAUCCUCACCACCAAAGGUAGUCCUAUACUGGCACCGAACAGACCUCCGCCUCCACGACUCCCCUGCCCUCCACGCCGCCCUCGCCCUAAAGCCCUCAAUCUUCAUCCCCGUCUGGACCUGGGACCCCCACUACGUGUACCGCUCCCGCGUAGGCCCAAACCGCUGGCGCUUCCUGCUAGAAUGCCAAAGCGACCUCUCAACCGCCUACGCGAAGCUCAACGCCAAGCAAAAACUCUGGGUCGUGCGCGAAGCGCCACAGACCGUGCUCCCAAAACUCUGGAAAGCAUGGGGCGUAACACAUCUAGUCUUCGAACGGGAUACAGAUCCCUACGCAAAGGCGCGGGACGAGCAGGUCCUGCGCUUGGCCAACGAGGCCGGCGUAGAGGUUAUCACGCGCAUGGGGCGGAACCUGUUCGAUCCCGACGAGCUGGCGGCGAAGAACGGCGGUAAGGCGACGAUGAGCAUGACGCAGGUGGAAAAGGCUGCGGAGAAGAUUAAUGGCGGACAGCCUGAUAAGCCGCUGGAGGUGCCUGCGGGCGUGCCUGACCCGUGGGAGUGGGAGAAGAUGAAGCUGGAUGGGACCUCGGGUGCAAGGCAGGAUGAUAGGGUAGAGGCGGAGCCGGACUUGAAUGCGGAGCAUCGGAGUAGCAAGGAUGAGCAGUAUGCGGGGAUUAUGGGGCCGAGGGGCGAUUUUGGGGUUGCGACGCUGGAGGAACUGGGGAUUGCUGCUUCGAGUGUUAGUACGCCGCAUCGGGGUGGUGAGAGUGAGGCGUUGAAGUUGCUGGCGACGUCUAUUAAGAAUGAGGAAUAUAUUGGUCGGUUUGAGAAGCCUAAUACGUCGCCUGCGGACUUUGAGCCACAGUCCACGACGCUGCUUUCACCGCAUCUUCAUUUUGGGUCGCUCUCUGUGCGCAAGUUUUGGUGGGAUGUGCAGGAUGUGCUUAGCAAGCGCAAGGCGCAGAAGAAGCCCGUAUCGUCGAUCCCUACUAAUCUUCCUGGCCAGCUGCUAUUUCGGGAUAUGUACUUUGCUGCACAGGCAGCUGUGGGUCCUGCCUUUGCGACGACAUAUGGGAAUCCUGUUGUCAGAUUGAUCGACUGGCAUUUGCAGUCUAAGAAUUUGGACGUGGAAGAUGGGGAUUCAGAGAAAGAUGAGACGGAUACACGGAAAUAUACUGUUGAUUCAGCCGAGGCAGAAGAAUGGUUUAUUCGGUGGAAGGAAGGGCGCACGGGAUUUCCCUGGAUCGACGCCCUCAUGCGGCAGUUGAGGCAGGAGGGGUGGAUACAUCACCUCGGCAGACAUAGUGUUGCCUGUUUUCUGACGCGUGGAGGCUGCUACGUGAGCUGGGAGCGAGGCGCAGAGGUUUUCGAAGAGCUUCUGAUCGAUCACGAGACAGCUUGCAAUGUGGGAAAUUGGAUGUGGCUUUCCUGCACCGCUUUCUUCGCGCAGUUUUACCGCUGCUAUUCACCGAUUGCGUUCGGGAAAAAGUGGGAUCCGGAAGGUCACCUUGUUCGCCGGUAUUGUCCCGAGCUGGAGCAGUUUGAUAAGAAGUAUAUUUACGAGCCGUGGAAAGCGCCUAUUGCCGACCAGAAGAAGUGGGGGUGUCGUGUUACGGGGGAUGGAAGUGGUUCUUCGGAGGAUGGAAAGACGUAUCCGAAGCCGAUGUUUGAUUUCGAUCGACGUAGGCAAAUAUGUCUGGAUAGUAUGAAAAACGGGUAUGACGUUGGAUUGCACGGAGCAGAUAAAGAGGUCAUGAAUGGGUCUUGGACGAAAAAGUUUGACAUGAAUGAUGAGAAGCCCAAGAAACGCCAGAAAACAGAAAAAUGA